AAACACCCUAGAGAGCUAGUAAAAUAACAUUUUUCAACAAAAAAAAAGCUUUCAACAUAGCUUCUAUACUGCUAAAUUUAGUGCUCCUAAAAUAGCUCUCGAAACUACUUUAUUUUCUGAAAAUAUUUUGGUUGUACGUGAAGCUCUCACACUUUUCUCUGAGUAAACCAAUGCAUGUAGUUUAUUCCCUGGUCUUCUAACAAAAAAUGAGAAGUUCGACAAAUUUCCAACGUUUCAUUUCUCCGUCUUUCAGCAGUUUUUGACUGUGAACAUCCCGUGAGAUGAUGCACGCUGUAGUUUUACAAUUUUGAAUCUGUACAUAAAGACAGCAAGUCAACAGAGAACAUUUGUAACAUUUUACGGAAGAUUGUCAUUGUCAACCUUGCCGAUUGUUAGUAUUAGAAUUUGAAUAUUAGACAAUGAAGAACCAAAAUUAUCAGUCGUCUUCUCAGGAGAUUCAUCGUGGGACCUCGUUUGCGGUAAUGGCUGGUUGGUGUCCUUGAGUACGUCUAUAUACAUGGCUGGAUUUCUGAGUUCUGUUUUUAUUUCAGGCCAACUAGCUGACAGGUUUGGUCGCCGACCUAUUAUUCUUCUGGGAAUCGCCAUUUUCUUCGCUUCUGCUUUGGCGUGUACCUUUUCUACAUCGUAUGUCAUGUUUACUACACUUCGAUACUUUGUUGCAUUCGGAGCUUCUGGAGCAGUCACAACAGCCUUUGUUUUACUCAUGGAAGUGAUUGGUGCACAGUACCGCACAGUGCUUGGGGUCUCGUUUCAGUUUGGCUGGGCUUUGGGAUACGUACUCCUGCCUGCUUUAGCUUGGUUUGUGCGAGAAUGGUCAAACUUGCAUCUGACAUUGACUGUACCAUGGAUACUGCUCUGUAGUUUCUGGUGGCUUCUCCCAGAAUCCCCUCGCUGGUUAAUAACGCAUGGGAAGGUCGAACAGGUUGAGAAAGAGAUCGAAACAGCUCUAAGAAUCAACCAUAAAAACGUGACAGAUAUAGGGAAAAUAGUGAAAGAGCUGAUGUAUAAAGAGACACGUGAAGAAGAGAACAAGAAUCGUCACGCUACUUUCUUUGACUUGCUAAAGACACCUAACAUGAGGAAGAAAACUUUGAACAGUUUCUUUGCUUGGUUCGUUAUCGCAUUCGUAUACUAUGGCCUGUCUUUGAGCACAAAUGAUUUAGGAGGUGAUCCAUAUAUUAACUUCUUCGUCUCUGGAGCAGUUGAGUUCCCGUCUUACGCCAUUUCAAUCUUUGUUAUCAAACACUUGGGACGACGCAUUCCUUUGGUAGUAACUAUGGUGCUUGGUGGUUUAGCUUGCAUGCUUACCAUUCCAAUACCAGAUUACCUCCAAUGGUUAACAGUUACUUUGGCUAUGUUUGGAAAAUUUUGCAUCUCUGCUUCAUUUGGUAUUGUAUAUGUAUACUCUGCUGAACUAUUCCCAACUGUUGUGCGAAAUGUUGGAGUUGGGUCGAGCUCAAUGUGCGCUCGUGUUGGAUCAAUGGUGGCUCCUUUUGUUAAAGAACUGAGUAAAGCUACCAAUAAUGGAGUUCCUUUGGGAAUAUUUGGUGGAUUAUCUGUAGUUUCCGGAAUACUUAUCUUACUUUUACCAGAAACUAACAACAUGCCUUUACCUGACACUCUAGAAGAAGGUGAAGCGUUCGGAAAGAAACCACCUUCAAUGGAAUUAGAGAGCACAAAAUUAUAGACAUGUUUUCCAAACCCUGUUGCAGUUGAUAAAUAAAGAUAUUCAACUUCCGUGAGGGAACAAGAAGAGGAAUCCAAAAAAGAAUUAUCUUGUACGCUGUCGACAUUUCAACAGGAAUCUCUCCAAAUAUAUCAGCAACAGGCAGUAAUUUUAUGUCUCAACAGAAUAGUUCGGAUAGGCUUAAUGUUUCUCAAGAUGAAAAAUUAAAUCAAAACGUCAGUUUCAUAUCAGCAAAAAAAGGACCAGAAAGCUGUAGUUUCGUCAAGUCUUCUCUAUUUCUCAUGCUGAAUACAUUUUUCUUUAUAUCUAUACCAUCCAACGUCAAAAUUUUCAUUAACCAUAUAACAUUUAGAAACUGUUCAACACGAGUAGGAGGUGAACAUGAAAAGAGAACUUCAUGAGAAAUCUUUUAGCUCCGUGGUUUUGAUGUUGACUUGAGCCGAUUUUAUAUGUAACUCUUAAUUUUAUUUAAUUCGGAGUAUAUUUGUACUUUUUUAUUAGAUGUCUCUAAUCGGGAGAGUAGAAUUUAUCGAUAUUGAAAUAUGCUGUUUUCUGGGAAUAAUGAAAUUAGGGAAAAAUUAUUUUCGUUUAAUUUUAAA